GAAAGAAAGAAAGAAAGAAAGAAAGAAAGGAGGGACAUGACUUCUUCAUUCAAGCUGGAUUUUCUUCCCGAGAUGAUGGUCGACAGCCGCUUGCUAGUUUCAGACAGAAUCAACGGCACAGCUAACAAGAUGAAUGGCGCUCUGGAUCAUUCAGACCAACCAGACCCCGAUGCCAUUAAGAUGUUUGUCGGGCAGAUCCCCCGCUCGUGGUCAGAAAAAGAAUUGAAAGAACUUUUUGAGCCUUACGGAGCUGUUUACCAGAUCAACGUUCUCCGAGAUCGGAGUCAGAAUCCACCCCAAAGUAAAGGUUGUUGUUUCAUAACAUUUUAUACCAGAAAAGCGGCACUAGAAGCCCAGAAUGCGCUGCACAAUAUUAAAACUUUACCUGGGAUGCAUCAUCCCAUUCAGAUGAAACCUGCAGAUAGCGAAAAAUCCAACGCUGUGGAAGACAGAAAAUUGUUCAUAGGAAUGGUUUCGAAGAAGUGUAAUGAGAACGAUAUCAGAGUGAUGUUUUCUCCAUUUGGCCAGAUAGAAGAAUGCCGAAUCCUUCGGGGACCAGAUGGACUCAGCAGAGUGCACAGCUUCAAUACGGAGUCUAGCCGAGGCUGUGCGUUUGUCACGUUUUCGACAAGGGCAAUGGCACAGAAUGCAAUCAAAGCUAUGCACCAGUCCCAGACCAUGGAGGGCUGCUCCUCACCAAUUGUCGUGAAGUUUGCUGAUACCCAAAAGGACAAAGAGCAAAGACGUUUACAGCAGCAAUUGGCACAACAAAUGCAACAGCUCAAUACUGCCACGUGGGGAAACCUUACAGGCCUUGGAGGAUUUACCCCACAGUACCUGGCUCUUCUGCAGCAAGCCACAUCCUCCAGUAACUUGGGUGCCUUCAGUGGCAUUCAACAAAUGGCCGGGAUGAAUGCUUUACAGCUACAAAAUUUGGCAACCUUAGCAGCUGCAGCGGCCGCGGCCCAGUCCUCAGCCAACACCACCAAUGCGAAUCCACUCUCCACAGCAUCAGGGGCCCUUGGUGCACUCACAAGCCCAGUGGCUGCAUCAACAGCAAAUUCCACAGCUGGGGCAGCAAUGAAUUCUUUGACUUCUCUGGGGACUCUACAAGGACUAGCUGGAGCAACAGUUGGAUUGAAUAAUAUUAAUGCACUAGCAGGUACCGUAAACAGUAUGGCUGCCCUGAAUGGAGGACUCGGUGCAACAGGCUUGACCAAUGGUACAGCUGGCACAAUGGAUGCCCUCACCCAAGCCUACUCAGGAAUACAGCAGUAUGCCGCUGCGGCACUACCCACGCUAUACAGUCAAAGUUUGCUACAACAACAAAGUGCUGCAGGCAGCCAGAAAGAAGGUCCAGAAGGAGCAAACCUUUUCAUUUAUCAUCUCCCACAAGAGUUUGGAGACCAGGAUAUUCUGCAGAUGUUUAUGCCUUUUGGAAAUGUUAUUUCUGCUAAGGUCUUCAUUGACAAACAGACUAAUCUGAGCAAGUGUUUUGGUUUUGUUAGCUAUGACAAUCCUGUCUCGGCACAAGCUGCAAUACAGGCGAUGAACGGCUUUCAAAUUGGCAUGAAACGCCUGAAAGUACAGCUGAAGCGCUCAAAAAAUGACAGCAAACCUUACUGACCGUUCUCCCAGAAGCUUUCUGCUCUUAAUUUAGUUUCCUUAGGGUAAGUCUCUUCAGCAAGCCCACCCUUGCUUGGGGUGGGAUUGAGAAAGAACAUAAGAACACCUGGCCCGCCACCUCUAAAGAGACAGCCAUUUGACAAUCCUGCUUCCAUUUUCCCCACUUGUUUAAGAGAAACUUGGCUAACCUAACCAAAAAAAAAUAAUAAUUGUGGGAUGACCUACAAGAUUUGAAUUAGCAACUCAGAUUUUUUUUAAAAUUUUAUUUUAAUGAGCAUUGAAGGGAAAGCACCCAUCCAUACGCUACAAUCUUAAUAAUUAGAGCUGUCAAAAAAGAAAAAUUGCAACUUGACUUUCUCGGCCCUGGUGUCCUUAACACUUUGGAUGAGGAUAAUGAAAGCAAUCCUGAAUUAUCCGUAUAUGGCACCAGUUCUGAAAUUGCUUAAUAAAGCUAUGGCCCUUGGCCAAGAAAGUGACUCAUUUAGAACACAACAUUUUUUUCCAUUACUUCAGUUGAUUCUUUCUUCUUAAGAACCUUUAAUAUUUAACAUUCUUAGGGCUUCAGAUUGAGACGUGGUUACAUUAUCCUGUUUAAACACUGGUUGUCUUUAUAUAUUUUACCUAUUUGUGUUUCGUUUUCCUUUUUUGUUUUUUAAGUUCUUCAGGUUUUUUUUUUUUGUAAAGAGCAUUAGUAUAAAAAAAAAGACAUAGAGAUCUGUUUCUAAAGCUACAGGGUUUAAAAAAAUAAAUAAAUAAGAAUGACAAUACUUGAUGUUUCUUGAAAGAUAAAAAUUUAAUAAUAAUAAUAAAUAAAUAAAUAAUAAUAGAUACAAAAGAAAGCCACAGGCCUGUAAAUUUUAUUUGUAAAAAGCAUUUCUAUUUUUAUACAAAAAUUUUUACUGCCUCAGAAAUAAUGGAAGUUAUUUAUUGCCUAUUGUUAACUUAUUGGAUACCUAAAGACCAGCUCUGUCUGGUAGCUAGAUCAUUUUGAAGUAGUCUCUAGAGUACACGUGCCAAGAAUGGGUGCUUUUUCACCGUUGAACCCUACAUCUUUUAUGGUUCAUAAUUUCUCUCCUCUUGUUUGUAUAUUGUCUUUGUUAACUUGUCCGUUCUUUCCAUUAUCUACUUUAAAAUUUAGUUGUCUUGGGGUUUGUUUGUUCGUUUGUUUUGCUCACUCUUUCUCUUGAUUCCCUUCAAUCCACUCCUACUCCUCUUGAUGUUACCUCUGUUGAAAUGGGGUCCUGAUUCCUUCCCACCCUUUUCCUUCCCCAAAUGAAAUAAGAAUCCAUUUUUUUUAAAAAAAAAGAAACCUCCUUUCUAAUGGAUUCUUUGGGGCUCUUUCAUUGUGGCCGUUGUUGACCAAGUGUACAGUUAAUGCAAAUUGUGUGAAUGGCUGGGACUCUAAUGAUGAAAAAAUUUGCAUUAGUUUUCUCCUGCACCCAUUAAAAUGAUUUUUGUUUCUGCUGCAUAGACUCUCCAUAACUUUUUCCUCUUCCUUGUUUUUCCCUAGACAUCUUCAUGCCCGUUAGUUCAUCGUUUGCCUAGCAUGUCCCUGUGACGUCUUUAAAAAGUUUCAUCGUCCCGUCAUUGUUUCUGAUGUCUUUCUGACCUCACAUCAUAAUUUGGUUCUCCUACUGAUCUUUGAUCUAUAGUUUGAACCUUUGAAAUUUGCAUGUGACCUCAUCUAGCUAUAUGAAUUCUGGGAAGUCAAUGUGAAAAGCAUUGCUGCAUUUAUGCAAGAUCAAAAUUUAUUCGUAGUCAAAUUUAUGAUAGGAGUAUUAACACACACACACACAUACACACACACACACAAAACCUGUGGCAAAAUGUUUUGUUU